GCAGCCGCUCUUCCCGCGCGUCCCCGGGGGCCAAGAGUGGGAAGUGCGAGUUUCCGCUCCUCCGCUUGUCUGUCCCCGGCCGCCUCUGCCUGCAAGACCGCAGAGCAGCCCAGGCAGCGGCGGCGGCAGGAAGCUCGCAGGGAGACGCAGCGCCGCCGACGGCUCUCUCCCGCCUAACCCUGCGCGGCGGCGGCGGCAGGGAACUGGCGAGCGCCGUCUCCAGCGGCGGGAAGCCGUCGGUUGACUUGGCGAAGGGGGUCUCUCCGUCCCCUCCUCGGCAGCGGGUUCGAGAGGCGCGCUCCCGACGCCAGAGGAGGAGCCCGACCUGCAGCCGCCGCGCAAGAGAGAGAAAGCGGGAGAGAAGAGAGGGUGGGAUGCCGGAGAGACGCCGAGGGAUCGGGGGAAGCUGCCGCUCGCCGCCCGCCCUCGUGGGAUGGAGCCUCCGCGCCCGCGCCGUCUGAUGCCGCUCCUCCUCCUCUACUGCUCCUUGGCUCUGCUGCCUCCCGCCGCGCAGCCCGUGUGCCCGGAGCCAUGCGACUGCCAGCAGCAGCAGCACGUCCUGUGCACCAACCGAGGGCUGCGGGCCGUGCCCAAAGCCGUCGAGCCGCAGGACAUCCUCACCUACAGCUUGGGCGGCAACUUCAUCGCCAACAUCUCCGCUUUCGACUUCCACCGCCUAGUGGCGCUGCAGCGCCUCGACUUGCAGUACAACCGCAUCCGCGCGCUCCACCCGAAGGCCUUCGAGCGCCUGGCGCGCCUGGAGGAGCUCUACCUGGGGAACAACCUCCUGACGGCCCUGGCGCCCGGCACCCUGCGCCCCCUGGCCAAGCUGCGCAUCCUCUACGCCAACGCCAACGAGAUUAGCUCCCUGAGUGCGGCUUCCUUCGCAGGGCUGGGCAGCCUGGUCAAGCUGCGCCUGGAUGGCAACGCCUUGGGCUCCCUCGGAGAUGCCACGUUCUCAGGGAUGUCCAACCUGCUCUAUUUGCACCUGGAAGCCAACCGCAUCCGCUGGCUGAGCCGCAACGCCUUUGCCGGCCUGGGGAAGCUGCGCUUCCUCGACCUGUCGGGGAACCAGCAGAGCCUGCUGCGCCACCCCGACAUCUUCCGGCCGAUGCGUUUGCUCAGCACCCUCCUCCUUUCGGGCAACAGCCUGCAGCAGCUGGGGAAAGGGCUCUACCAACACCUGCCCAACUUGACCAAGCUGUCCUUGAGCGGCAACCGCCUGGCUUGGUUGGCGCCGGAAGCCUUUGCUGGCUUGGGGGCCCUCAAGGAGCUGCGGUUGGAUGGGAACGUUCUGAGCCAGCUGCCUGUGCCGCUGCUGCAGCCGCUGUGCAGCCUGGAGGUACUGGACCUGAGCCACAACGCCCUUGCCGCUCUCCUGCCGGGUGCCUUCACUCAGCUGCACAAGCUGCGGGAGCUCAGCUUGCAGGACAACGCCUUGGCUACGGUGCCCGGUGACCUCUUUGCCUCCAGCCCCGCGCUCUAUCGCUUGGAGCUGGAUGGAAAUCCCUGGAACUGCGACUGCCACCUGCGAGGCCUGAAACACUGGCUGGGCUCCUGGCAUGCACAGGGUCGGCUCCUCACAGUGUUUGUGCAGUGCCGGCAGCCGCGGGCCCUGGCUGGGAAAUACCUUGAUUAUCUGGAGGACGCCCAGCUCUCGACGGCUCUCAACGGCUCCUCAUGCCCCAACGUGGUGGCCUCCUCUCCUGCCCCGCUCGCUAGGGGCAACAGCAGCUCUGGCCUGGGCCUAGUGCAGGAGAAGGUUGGCUCCUUGCCCUCUGCCUCGACCAUGCAGCUGCUGGGCUCUCAGAAGAUCUUGGCGUCCGGAAGAGAGAGCUGGGCAGCUGAGACGGGCCCCACAACCUCAAUGCCCGGCUUGCACCUCAGCACCAGGCCACCCUCCCUACCUGGAGCUGCUUGGCCCAGACGGGCAGGCAAAUACCACUCAGUUUCGUCUGGCAUCCCUCCGCUGGUCACCGACCCCUGCGAUUUCAACAAGCUGUUCCUCUACAACCUGUCUGUGGAGGCGGUCGGCUCUGGCACGGUGACGGUGCGCUGGGGGGUCCGCCCGCACCGCAGCCCCCGCCUGCUUGGCCCCGUGCGCUUCCGAGUCCUCUUCGACCGCUUUGGGGCUGCCACCAAGUUCCAGCGGUAUGUUUACCUCCCUGAGUGGAGCGAGCCCGUGGCUACUCUGCAGGAGCUGCGCCCCGACACCCCUUACCUGGUCUGCGUGGAGGGCGUGAUCGGGGGCCGCGUCUGCUCGGUGGCGCCGAGAGACCAUUGCGCGGGGCUGGUCACCCUGCCCGAAGAAGGUGCGGGCGCUUCCGCCGCCGUGGCAGGCAGGUCCCCAAACCUGGACCACCAACUCCUCACCCUGGUGCUGCUGGCGGUCAAUGCGUUGCUGCUUUUCCUGGCCCUGGCGGCCUGGGCUUCCCGCCUGGUGCGGAAAAAGGUGCUGGGGUGCCGGCGGCGGAAGGCAGCGUCGCCUGUGCACGUCCGGCAGAUGUAUUCGACCCGCCGGCCCCUGCGCUCCAUGGGGACGGGUGUCUCCGCCGACUUUUCCGGCUUCCAGUCCCACCGCCCGCCCCGAAGUGCGGUCUGCGCCCUGAGCGAAGCCGACCUCAUUGAGUUCCCAUGCGAGCGUUUCAUUGACAGUGGCGCCGGAGGGAACAGCAGCGCACGGCGUGGAGAGGAUCACCUGCUGCAGAGGUUUGCAGACUAGAGGUGCAGACGGAACAAAUGCUGCGGCUUCCAUCGCCGCCCUGUUAUGCCGGAAUCAAGUGCCCAGCGCUGAGAUUUGGCAAGGUCUGCUGGGAAUGGCAGCCUUUGGUUGGGGAUACUUGGGCCUUCUGCUGUGUAAAAAUGGCGGCUCAUCAGACGAAUGUUGGAUGGUUCUAGGAUAGGGUAUGCUGGGAAAACAGGAGCAGCAAAGGGGUUGCUUGUUUCUCAUUUGGGGACCAACCCUAGUUAAAGCGGGAUUCUACCACUGUUCUCUUAAAAUUACCACUGUCCUUUACUGUAGCUGAAGGGGCACUGGUUCCUCUUCGUGGGCAACUAUCAACUUGGUGAUGAGGGUUUUAUGAUUGUCCAAUCAUCAGUUUCCACACUGAGAUGGUCUGUUGUUGUUUUCUAAAUAACUAUUCUGUAAUCGUCCCUAACCUGUGGAUAUAAUUCUUUAGCUAAUCCUAAUUACCGUUGGCCAAGAAAUGAACAGAGAUACUAGGAAUGAAUCAGAAGAUGGAGAAUGUAACCCUAUACAAGUGUUCAGCGCUCAGGUGGAUUGUGUGCCUUAUAGUUGCUCCGUUUUUGCACCAUUUUACGUGCCAGGUACAUCACUUAAUGCAAGUCCCAGGUUCUCCUCUUUCACAGGACUAGGGUCCUGUUACUUCCGCAUAUGAACUGUCUUACAUGUGAGAACGCCGCAUACAGCUUAAAUCCCCCUUACCCACUAGAAUGGUUAAACCAAAUGUUUGUCCAGUGUGGCAUGUGGCCAGCCAGAUACCUUCAGGGAGCAGGACAUGAACACAACGGCCGUCUUCUGCUUGCCUACUCGAAUUAAUAUUUAGAACGGGGUUUCCUAAACUUGGGUCUCCAGCUGUUUUUGGACUACAACUCCCAUCAUCCUUCACUAGCAGGACCAGUGGUCAGGGAUGAUGGGAAUUGUAGUCCAAGGCAACUCAAGUUUGGGAAACUCUUGAUUUAGAGCAGGCAUCCCUAAACUUCGGCCCUCCAGAUGUUUUGAGACUACAAUUCCCAUCAUCCCUGACCACUGGUCCUCUUAGCUAGGGAUCAUGGGAGUUGUAGGCCAAAACAUCUGGAGGGCCGCAGUUUGGGGAUGCCUGAUUUAGAGGCAUGCUACCUCUCCAAACUCUAUAGCUAUCAAUAGCCUUACUUUUCAUUGAGUUUGUUUAAUCCCCGGUUUUUGCUGGCGGCCAUCUGUACAUCUUAUGGCAGGGAGUUCCAUAGUUUAUGUGCUGCUCGAAGAAGUGCUUCGUUUUGUCUGUCCUCAUCUCACACCCUUCAGCUUCAUUGGAUGACCCCAUGUUCUCACGAUAUGACAAGGAGGAAAGCUUCCUACCUGCUUUCUCCAUGUGGUGGAUACUUUUUAUUUAUUUCUGCCACACCCCACCUCACCUUUUCUCCAAACUGAAAAGGUUGAAGGAUUUGUAACCUUCCCUUAUGGAGGAGAGUUGUGCCAGCUCCGUUUAUACUACCUAAAUGUAUGGAGCCUACACAUGGUGGUUCUGCCACCACUGGGUAUAUGCUGGCACUGUCAUGCACUUGUUGCAAG